AGCCACCCUCGAGCCCUCUAUCCGCAGAUCUAGGUCCGAAGACAUAGAUAUCGAGCGUUUUUUUGUAAUGUAUUGCGAUUUGGCAUAACUUAUUCUUCUAGAAAUGCUGUAAUGUCGCUAUCCAGCCGCCUAGCUCAUCACAACAAAUACUCGUGAUAAAUAUCUGUGAUAUCUAUCUACCUCUCCCACAAUGUCGCAAUGGCUUCAAAGGCAUACCUCCACGACAGCCUUCCAGAUCGGCCUCGCUGCGACACUAGGCGCAGUCGCGGCCACCACAGUGAUCUUCACCGCGACCGCAGUCCACCGCCGCCGGGCAACCGAAGAGCUUAAAGCAUCCAUUCCCGAGAUCUCGCGCGAGCACCGAGCCCUGCAGCUCACGGAGUACGGGGGCGCCAGUCGGCCCACGAUCACAAACAAGGAAGACACGCGUGCCGCGCAGAUAGCGGCGAGGGCCAGGAAGGGAGACUACGAUGAAGAGUUGAUACUCGAGCAGCUGGCCCGGAACAGGGUGUUUCUGAAAGAUGAAGGCCUCGCGAAACUGAGGGGUGCAUAUGUGAUUGUCGUGGGAUUGGGCGGGGUGGGAAGCCACUGUGUCGCUGCGCUGGCCAGGAGCGGUGUUUCUCGCAUCCGGGUUGUGGACUUCGACCAGGUCACGCUGAGCAGUCUCAACCGGCACGCCCUUGCGACGCUGGCGGAUGUGGGAACGCCAAAAGUGAAUUGUGUCAGGAAAAGGCUGGAGCAGAUCUGUCCGUGGGUCCGGAUCGACGAGCGGAAUGAGCUGCUGGGGUCGCGGUCGAUUGAGGGCCUGCUGGGGAAAUGGGACUUUGAGUUACGGGAAGGCGAGGAAGACAAAGAGGUGGAUUGGGUGGUCGAUGCGAUUGACAAUAUCGACACCAAGGUGGAACUGCUGAAAUAUUGUGCGAUAAGAGGCAUUCAAGUUAUCAGUGCCAUGGGCGCGGGUUGCAAGAGUGAUCCCACCAGGAUACAGGUGGGUGAUAUCUCGACCAGCGUUGAGGACCCUUUAUCGAAGGCAACGAGGCGGCGGCUACGGGUCAUGGGCAUCAACAGUGGCAUUCCCGUGGUCUUCUCGACGGAGAAACCUGGCGAGGGUAAGGCUGAAUUGCUCCCCAUAGCGGACGAAGAAGUCCAAAGAGGCCAGGUCGACAAGCUGGGUGUGCUUCCUGAAUUCCGGGUCAGGAUCUUGCCUGUCCUUGGGACGAUGCCAGCCAUUUUCGGUUAUACAGUGGCCAACCACGUCAUUUGCAGUAUUGCUGGAUAUCCGAUGGACUACCGAACAGGCGAGAAAGGCAGGGAGAAGAUGUACGACGCCAUCCUGUCAGCUUUGCUGGGUCUUGAGGAACGACUUGUCCGGUCAACCAACGGGCAAGACGCUGUUGGUCUCCGGAUACCAGUGAGCCGAGACGAUGUUGCUUAUCUUAUCGAAGAAGUCUUCCGUGGCAAAAGCGUCAUCAGUGGCUUAAGCACAAGACUCGCUCUGAUCAGAUGGCGGAAGCCCGCGGAAGGAUUCAAAGUCGACCCUGAGUAUGAGAAAGAAGGACAGAAGAUGAUCAAACUGCCUCUGACAGACCUGGUGCUUGUGACGAAAGAGGAGGCGCAGAAGCACGAGAAGUUGGUCUUGAAGGGGGACAUGGACCCAGAAGCCCUGUAUGACAACAGCAUCCUUUCGCAAGUCAAAAAGCGCCUGGAUGAAGAGAGAGCAUACGAGAGGUACAGGUAGAAAGCUACCUGCCAUUAUGGAAUGUUGUUGCUUCGAAAGCCUGAGGUACGUGGGCUUUGUCAGGCCUCUCUCCUCAUCGGAUUUGAUCGUUUGUGGACGACCAUGGCCAGCACCGUCGGAGGAUGCUCGAUCAACGGAACCGUGGUGCCGUGUCCUUGACGAGGCACGAGGUAAUGGGCUAUGCCGAUUCACUCCACUCCUCGGCUUCAGCCACGGAUCGGUCCUUUGGAAACCUAUGAGACGGUCAUGUCUUCUAGUUGGUGGACGACUGCUCUGCCGGCGAAUCAGGUUGAAGCCCAUGCAUGAAUGCACAGUGGUGACACAUACCAUGCUCCAGCUCCGUCCUCGAGAAGAAGCCAUGUCUAUCUACGUCUUAGAAGCGCAUGACCCUCGUUCUCAAGCCUGUGGUCGAUCAGCUUCCCUCUUUUGGGAAGAGUAUUCUAGCACAAGAAGCAGGCGUGGGUCCCUGAGUCUGCCGGUUCAUAACACCUCUGCAAAACAAGUUGGAGACCAGAAAAGCCUCGCCAUCUCGUAUUACGAGACCCAAGCAAAUUUUGGAGCGGCUGUGGCAGACGAUGUUGGAUAAGAGGGGUUUCGGCUGAUUCUCAUCUCCAAUCCGCCUGUGGUGAAGACAGGCCAGGGGCUGGUUCACGAAGCUGGCUGCAGAGAGCUUUGUAGCUUAGCUUCGAGAGUGAAGGAAAUGACUACUAGACAGCCUUACAAUAUACGUGCAUAGCCAAUCUCAACGCCAGCAACUCCAUUGCGUGGGUAGGCACAUGUCGGCAUUCCUGUACCAAGGAUGUCAAAUAGCACCUAUCAAAAAGACAGCAAAUGUUUGGCGGUCGUCCAUUGGGUUGGUUAGCA